AUGUCGAGCGGCACAGUAUUGAUAGUAGAAGACGAUAAGAGAAUCGCGAACUGGGUCAAGGUGUAUUUUGAGCGCGCCGGAUUCUCUGCCGAGGUUACUUACGAUGGUGAAUCCGGUCUGGCCCUGGCCCGCAAUUUGAAUCCGAACCUGAUAAUCCUCGAUCUGAUGCUUCCUCGUCUCGAUGGCGUAGAGCUCUGCAGGAUCCUGCGGCGAGAGUCGGACGUUCCAAUAAUCAUGCUGACGGCCAGAGAAGCCCACGCCGAGCGCAUCAUUGGACUGGAUAGCGGGGCCGACGAUUACAUCGUCAAGCCCUUCGACCCGGAGGAAGUCAUUGCGCGCGCCGAAGCAGUGCUCCGUCGCGUCAAGGGCAGAGUUCAGCAGGUUCUGACACGUGGCAACAUCACACUGAAUGAGAGCACACGGACCGUGACCGCCAAUGAAGAGCCCGUGAUUCUGAGCGAGGCGCAGAUUGCUCUGCUAUCGACGUUUAUGCGUCACCCUAACCAGGUACUCACCCGUGAACAGUUAAUCUCGCUGUCCUUCAGCCACGAGUUCUGUGGGUUCGACCGCGCCAUCGACAGCCAGGUCGCUCGCCUGCGAAAGCAGAUCGGCCGAGGAGGCAGUCAGCCUAUUCAGACCGUUUACGGCGCCGGCUACAAGUUCGUGGUGGAGGACCAAUGA